UCGGUUUCUUUCUUCAGCCCACCCUCUCUUUUUCCCUUUCUCUCUCUUCUCUUUCACUAUUUCUCUCCCCCUGCUUUUUGCCGGGAAGCUUCCUACGUCGCCUACGUCGCCGGAAAACCGCUUUGCCUCCGGCGAAAAGCAUCCAUCUUCUGCCGGAAAACCGCUGCGUCUUCCCCUCUCAUCGACUGUCUUCGAACUUGUUCAUUUUUUUUCGUUGACUCGGUGGUUGGAGGCUUUGGAUCUCCGAUUUCGAAGCUUUACGUUGCCGUUUUGCACGUUUGGUGAGAAUGUGGGCUGCCUGGUUCUCGUUCGAGGCUUGCUGUUGAUUGGCCGUGGCUGGGAUUGUGAUCUAGGGUUUGGUUCUCCGAUUUGGAUUCGGUUUCUGCGGUUUUUGUUUCUUAUCCUUUGUGUGUUGCGGUGAACAAAGACGGAGGCGUACAAAGAGCGACUUCGGAAUGAGAUGGUGGAAGGAAGGGUUUGUUUGUCCAAAGAGGCCAAAAAUGGAUUAGAAAUUCUGAAGCGUAGAAGGCUUCAGCGUAUGAGAUCGGAAACUGGUACGGAGCCUGUAAAGUUAACUAAUAUGAUGGCUCGAAGCGGAGGGGAUGCUUUAAAAGCUUCAGCUUCCUGUGGUAUUAGAUUACAGGGAGGUUCCGACUCAGUUUCUCUGUCCAGUGGUGCUUCACAUGGAAAAGAUGUUUUUUCGAAGCGUAGGGUGGAUAAGUUUGAAACAAGUGAUCUAGACUGGACUGAGAAAAUUCCUGAGUGUCCUGUAUACUAUCCAGCAAAGGAAGAGUUUGAGGAUCCUUUGGUUUAUUUACAGAAGAUAGCUCCAGAAGCUUCAAAAUAUGGUAUAUGCAAGAUUAUAUCCCCUUUGAGUGCUUCUACUCCAGCUGGGGUUGUAUUGAUGAGGGAGAAAGCAGGUUUCAAAUUCACAACUAGAGUACAGCCUCUUCGUCUUGCUGAGUGGGACAAUGAUGACAAGGUCACAUUUUUCAUGAGCGGAAGAAAUUAUACAUUCCGUGAUUUCGAGAAAAUGGCGAACAAAGUUUUUGCUCGUCGAUAUUGUAGUUCUGGUUCUCUGCCUGCCACGUACAUGGAAAAAGAAUUUUGGCAAGAAAUUGCUUGUGGAAAGACAGAAACUGUUGAAUAUGCAUGUGAUGUAGAUGGCAGUGCCUUUUCCUCUUCUCGCAGUGAUCCGCUUGGAAGUAGCAAAUGGAAUUUAAAGAAUCUUUCAAGGUUACCCAAUUCCAUUUUGCGUCUUCUGGAAACUGCAAUUCCGGGUGUAACUGAUCCCAUGCUAUACAUUGGAAUGAUAUUUAGUAUGUUUGCUUGGCACGUGGAGGAUCAUUAUUUGUACAGUAUUAAUUAUCAUCAUUGUGGUGCAUCCAAAACCUGGUAUGGAAUUCCAGGUCAAGCUGCUCUGCAAUUUGAAAAGGUAGUCAAGGAGCAUGUGUACACUCAUGAUAUCAUAUCAACUGAUGGAGAGGAUGGAGCUUUUGAUGUAUUAUUGGGGAAAACAACUUUGUUUCCUCCAAAUAUUUUGUUGGAACAUGAUGUCCCUGUCUACAAGGCUGUGCAAAAGCCAGGAGAGUUUGUCGUUACUUUCCCUAGAGCAUACCAUGCUGGAUUCAGUCAUGGUUUCAACUGUGGUGAGGCUGUCAACUUUGCAAUUGGUGAUUGGUUCCCUUUAGGUGCUAUUGCUAGCCGGCGUUAUUCGCUUCUUAACAGGAUGCCCCUGCUUCCUCACGAAGAACUUUUGUGUAAAGAAGCCAUGCUUCUGUACACAAGUUUAGAACUUGAAGAUUCUGAAUAUUCAUCUGCUGAUUUGGUCUCCCAUCAAUGCAUUAAGACUUCUUUUGUUAGAUUGAUGCGCUUUCAGCAUCGUGCUCGUUGGUCUUUAAUGAAGUCAGGUGCAUGCACUGGUGUUUUACCAAACUCCUACGGAACCAUUCUCUGCAGCCUGUGCAAGCGCGAUUGCUAUGUAGCUUACAUUAAUUGCAACUGUUACAUGCAUCCUGUGUGCCUUCGACAUGAGGCAAAGUCUCUUGACUUCUCAUGUGGAAGCAACCCUAUUCUCUUUUUAAGGGAGGAAAUAACCGAACUGGAAGCUGCAGCCAGAAAGUUUGAAAUGGAAGAUGGUAUGUUAGAGGAGAUAAAAGGGCUUGGUGAAAAUGGCGAUGACUAUUAUUCGUAUCCAUUAAUUUCGUCUCAGAGCACUGAAGAGAAAGGAUACUCUCCUUAUUGUGAGAUAAAAUUUGAGUUGAAUCCUAAACUUACUGGCACAACUCAUUAUCGGUCACAAGAGCCAGAACCUGGUUCUCAUGGUCAGCCCAUGGUGAGUUGCGGUGCAAAAUGUUCUAGUCCUGCAGUGUCAGAUGGUUCCCUUUCAUGUGCUGCAUCAACUCUUUGUUCUCUUUUAGAGCCUCGUGAGAGCUUAUCAGCACCCAAUAAUGUACAGAGAAAUUCUAACUCUAACACAGGAGCUCUAAAUUCUAAAAGGCUUUCUGAAGAAUUAGCGCGCAGUACAUAUGAAUCUUCUCAGUCCUCUCCAUCAUACAAUGAAUGUUCUAGUGCGCGCCCAAGAAAUUGUAAUGGAUCAGAGGUUAGGCCAGUUGUGGAUCAAGGCAGCGAUGAUUCUGAUUCUGAAAUCUUUAGGGUUAAGCGCCGCUCAUCAUUGAAGGUGGACAAAAGAAGUGUAAAUGAUAUAUCGUCAUCAAAGCAUUCUGAGAACAAGGGUUUUAAGCGACUGAAGAAACUGCAAGCUGAAAGAAGAUGUGGGCCAUCGGUCCCACAGUAUUCUUGUAGCACUGGUGAAUCAACUAAGUUUCUUACAACUAGCACUUACAAAGGAGUUUCAGAGAGUGCUCCUAUGGAGGGCAGGUUUUCCAGAGGAAGUACCGUCGUCCCUAGAGGAAGUACAAUUCCCAUCUCUAUCAAGUUUAAGAAGUUGGCCAAUGAAGAAUCAGUUAGUAGACAGCGAGAACACCACAGAAAGGAUAGAUACCACCAGCUUGAGUCGGGAAAGAGACGGAGGGGACCACCGCCAAUAGAGAUUGGUCCAAAGCUCCUUAAAGUCAAAGGCCCGUCAUUCUUAGGGUCGGAGAGCAGCAGCAGGUUAAGUUAAAGAUUAGAUUGCUAGGAGGAGGAAGAGCCAACUAUCUGGUUGGCCUGCCUACCCUGUAGAGAGAGCAUGAUCAUAGAACCUGACCUUGCUAACUACAAUUUCAUCUUCUCUAACGGGGAUCUAACAACACGGGUAAAAAGCUAAAGAUUUGAUUCUGGGAGCAGUGACAACAAAUUAUUAACCUAGGAUAAAAAAAAAAUUCACAUUCUUUGUGCAGGCCCUGAAAUUGGGGCAAUUUGCACUGUUGGUGAUCUUGAGGUUCUCGGGCCGGGGUAUUUUUCCAUCUUUGGCAGGAGAACCUUCCUUCCUGCAAAAGCUUAAACAGAGUAGAGAUUGGGUUAGUGGAAUUUCCAUGUAAAUUUGUUUUUGUUAUUCAAUCAGUCGGUUCAAUUCUUGUUGAGUGAAGUGGGUAUUCCCACUCAUCUCUUACAACUAUUCUCUCGCUGCUUCCUUUUAUUAUUAUUACAGGUUCUUUAUUCUUUUUUGUAACCUUGACGACUAGUUCAAUAAAAUGCUGAGAAAAUCUCUCUCUC